UUGAUUGGGAAGAAGAUUUCGUCAGAGUGAUUGGGCGCACAUUGACGCACCGUCUGACCUCACUCCCAUCCUAUAACUCUACCCAUUCAUUCUUGGAAUUUUCUUUCAUUACAAUUUCCUUUGAAAUCCUUUUCCCAUUUGGUCUCAACUCUUACCUCUUACUUUUGUUUUUAUUUCCUCUGCCCUUUCUAAUAUUAAGACUCAAAGGACAACACACACACACACACACACACACACAUAUCAAGACUCGUUUACACUCUCCAUCGCUUCAUAUUCAUACAUUAGAUCAUUUUUUUUCUCUCUUUGGUGGAUCAUUCAUUGUAAUUUGUAUGAAUGUAUUAUAUAGCGUGCAUGUGAUAAUAAGGAUUCAUUCCAGAUGGAAAACGGGUUUAAUCAGGAGAUGAUGAUUCUCAACUCCUUUGAUGAUCAUCAAGGUUUGUCAGAUGUGGAUCAUGGGGAGAAAAGGGUUCUGAGUGAAAUGGAUUUCUUCGCCGCGGAGGAGAGGAAUUAUUCAUCAACUACUGUUCAAAUCAAGAAAGAAAGUGAUGAACCAGCUGGGAAAGAACUUCUCCUUCAUAUAAGCACUGGUUUAGAUCUUUUGACAAGCAAUCCAAAUGUGAUGAGUGAGAACCGGAGUAUGGAUAGUAAUAGAUCAGCAGAGGGUACUACUACUUCAGAUACAGAGUUCGUAGUUCUGAAGGCGGAGCUGGACCGGAUGAACACAGAAAAUGAACGGUUGAGAGCCAUCCUAAAUCAAAUCAACGACAAGUAUUAUUCCUUGAAGAUGCACAUCAUGUCACUUUCAAAUCAUCAGCAGAAUCCUGGAUCAUCCGCUGAAAUCAAAUCAGACGAUCGCAAGAUGAUAAAUGAAGUGGGAGAUGAAGAAAAUCACGGGUUCGGGAUUAAUCUGAAGCAUCGCGGUCAACGCGAGGGUAAAGACAUUGGCAAAACUCAGCAGCAGCUGGAGUGCUCAAGUUCACCACUGUGCACGGAGGAAAUGUCAAUGGCCAAUCUUCGAUUGCAGAAGAGCAUUAACUCAGUUCAGAUAAACAAAGUGCCUCAUGAUCAGCCUCAUACUUCAAAGGAUCUCGAUCACCAGGCGGCUGAGGCCACCAUGAAGAAAGCCCGUGUCUCAGUUCGUGCCCGCUCAGAGGCAACUAUGAUAUCAGAUGGAUGCCAAUGGAGAAAAUACGGGCAAAAAUUGGCCAAGGGAAACCCAUGCCCUCGUGCUUAUUACCGUUGUACCAUGGCUGUUGCUUGUCCCGUUCGCAAACAAGUGCAAAGGUGUGCAGAAGACCGGUCAGUUCUUAUAACCACCUACGAAGGGCGACACAACCACCCGCUCCCGCCGGCAGCCAUGGCGAUGGCGUCAACCACAUCUGCCGCCGCAACAAUGCUACUCUCGGGACCGAUGCCGAGUGCGGAUGGAUUACAGAACUCAAACGUGCUGGCAAGAAACGUGCAGCUGCCCUAUUCACAAAACCUGGCCACAAUAUCUGCGUCAGCGCCAUUUCCUACUGUGACGUUGGAUCUUACAAAUAACAACGCGAACAUCCCCACAAAUUCACUCCUCCAUAGCCCACAAGCUCCCAGCCCGUUUUCGAGUCAUCAACCACAACAUUUAAGCCCAGGAGCCGGGAUUCAGGUUCUUGAUAGUUCCCAGGAUAUUGUGAAUGCGGCGACGGCGGCCAUUGCGGCGGACCCUAAUUUCACUGCGGCUUUGGCUGCGGCCAUAAGCUCAAUUAUAGGGAAUUCUCAGCGAAAUGAAGGGGUUGUAGAUCAUAACAACAGCGUGGGGGAUGUUGGAAAAUAAGUGAUCAUGCAGUGCUCUAUUUGAUUUUUGGCCAGCUGGACAGUUAGAGAAAGAAAAAUGCAUAGAGGAAGUUUUUUUGUCCCAAUAACUGAAACCAUGCGUGCACAUGUGUAAUUAGUUCAUUUUGGUGAUUUCGUGCAUGUCAUUUUACGUGUCAUGAUCUUUUUAUGCUCAUGUGUGCAGAAACAAGGCUUGUUUCUUGAUUUCUCCUAAAAUGUGCUUACCCACGUAGAUUUGGGCUUUUGAAUGGUUGGGAGUGCACGGAAAGAUCCCAAUUUGUGGACCAUAUUUGUGUUUGGACGGCCCAACACACGUUCUUCUGAGUCCACAUACUUGUGGUGGUGAUGUCCAAUUAAUGAGACUGUCUUGACCUUCAUCACUGGACAACUCAUGGGCAAAUUCCUAAGGAAUCAUGAAAGAAAAGAAAGUUAAUAGAUUGAAGCUGUGGGCUUACGUCCUUUCCUCUUUCUCAAAAAAUAUAUAAGUCAUUAGGUGAGCUUGCCAAUAUUCUCAUCCACAAACAUUUAUGUGCGCAGUGUAAUUGGUUAGUUGAUCGGAAACCUGACCACUAAAUUAGUUGGUUUUGGUUAGGUAAGGAAUGGAUUAGAAGAAGAGCA